GGGUUGUCCGUUCCCGGGGCAGUGGCGCUUAGAGUGAUGGCGAUGGUGAAGGCGGCGAUGCUGGCGGUCUGCGCCCUGGCCGUGUGCUGGGCGGCCGGAGCCGGGGCCGGGGACACCGACAUCGACACGUCCCGCUACUACAACUACGAGGAGAUGACGGAGCUACUGCAGGGCCUGGCGGAGGCCUACGCCGCCCACGCCCGGCUCUUCAGCAUCGGCCGCAGCGUGGAGAACCGCUCGCUGUGGGUGAUGGAGAUCUCGGCCCCAUCCCAGGCCUCAUCCCUGGCCUCGCCGCCCCGGCCCCAGCUCAAGCUGGUGGGCAACAUGCACGGCGACGAGACGGUGUCGCGCCAGGUGCUGAUCUACCUGGCCCAGUACCUGGUGCGGGGCUACGGCCACGACCCGCGCCUCGACAGCCUGCUCAACACUACCCGCGUCUACCUCCUGCCCAGCCUCAACCCCGACGGCUUCGAGCGCGCCGUGGAGGGCGAGUGUUCCGGAUCCGCCGCCGCCAGGAGGAACGCCAGGAAGAAAGACCUCAACCGCAGCUUCCCCGACCAGUACAGCGCCAUGGCAGUGGAGGAGGCCGACGUGCCCGAGGUGGUGGCCAUGGAGAGGUGGAUUAAAGAAAACAAGUUUUUGAUUUCUGCGAAUCUUCACGGUGGAUCUGUGGUUGCCAGUUAUCCUUAUGACGACUCGCGAAAUCACGAAGCAAAGGGGUACUACAGUAAGGCCCCGGAUGAUGAAGUGUUUAAGUACCUGGCCAAGACCUAUGCUUCCAAGCAUCCCAUAAUGAAAACGGGCAAACCACAGUGCACUGACUCUCCUGAUGAAACCUUUCCUGAUGGGAUCACCAAUGGAGCCAAGUGGUAUGAUGUUCGAGGUGGAAUGCAGGACUACAAUUACUUGCAUGGAGACUGCUUUGAGAUCACACUGGAACUCUCUUGUUGUAAAUAUCCACCUGCCUCUGCCUUGAAUGAAGAGUGGCAAAACAACCUUGAAUCCCUUCUAAGUUUGAUGGAACAGGUUCACAUUGGUGUUGCAGGAUUUGUCACGGAUGCCGUUCUUGGCUCAGGGAUUUCUGACGCUUCCAUUGUAGUUGCUGGCAUUGAUCACAACAUUACAACGGGGAGUUUUGGUGAUUUCCACAGAUUGCUUGUACCAGGAAUCUACAAUAUAACCACGGUUGCACAAGGUUACAUGCCCUCCACUGUCUUGGAUGUUGAGGUACUGGAGGGUCCAGCCACACAACUUAAUUUCACACUCCAAUCUCUAGAUAAUCACACCAUUGAGACAGUCACUCCAACCAUGGCAAGCUCGACUGAAUUCAAGAUGCACAAUGUAUCUGAAAUGGAGGAUGUCCAGCAGUCCAAUACCAUUGAGCCAGAGAACUUCAGACAUCAUAAUUACAUAGAUAUGGAGAUCCUACUGAGGAAAUACGCAACGGAAUAUCCAGCCAUCACAAGGAGCUAUAGCAUCGGAAAAUCUGUGGAAGAAAGAAAUUUGUAUGUCAUGGAAAUAUCAGACAAUCCGGGCGUCCAUGAAUUAGGCGAGCCAGAGUUCAAGUACAUUGGGAAUAUGCAUGGGAAUGAGGUGGUGGGCCGUGAGCUGCUCCUCAACCUUAUUGAGUACCUCUGCAGUAAUUAUGGCACAGAUCCUGAAGUGACCAGUUUGGUGAAUAACACCAGGAUCCACAUCAUGCCUUCUAUGAACCCUGAUGGAUAUGAACGUUCAACAGAAGGGGACAUGGAUGGUGUAGUUGGAAGAAACAACAGUAAUAACUAUGAUCUGAAUCGCAACUUUCCCGAUCAGUUCUUUCAAAUCAUUGAUCCGCGUCAGCCCGAGACAUUAGCGAUGAUGGAUUGGCUCAAUAGGAUUCCCUUUGUGUUGUCAGCUAAUUUACAUGGAGGUACUCUCGUCGUGAAUUACCCUUAUGAUGAUGAUCCAGAUGGCGCAGACAUGUACAGUAGAUCGCCAGACGAUGCCGUCUUUUGCCAGUUGGCACUUUCUUUUGCCAAGGAGAAUGGUCCAAUGUUUGAAGGUCAUCCUUGUAAAAAUAUAUAUCCUGACGAAUAUUUUCCUCGGGGAAUCACCAAUGGUGCAAAAUGGUACAAUGUGCCAGGUGGCAUGCAGGACUGGAAUUAUCUUCAUACAAAUUGCUUUGAAGUUACUAUAGAGUUGGGUUGUUUUAAAUUCCCCUACGCUAGUGAUCUACCAAAGUAUUGGAAGCAAAAUAAAAGGUCCCUUCUGCAGUUUAUGAAGCAGGUGCACCGUGGUGUGAAGGGCUUUAUAAUUGAUGCCACUAAUGGAAAGGGGAUUUUCAAUGCUACCAUCACAGUUGCCGAGGUGAACCAUCUUGUGAGAUCUGCGAAAGAUGGAGAUUACUGGCGGCUGCUCCUGCCUGGUGUCUACAAGAUCACUACCUCCGCUCGAGGAUAUACCCCAAAGACCAGGAGCGUGACAGUGGUGGAAGAGGCAGUGGAAGUAAAUUUCACCCUUACGCGUGUGGCGAACAACCACGACAGUGGCCUUGACCAAGUGCUCACCGAGUCCUCAGCGGACCCCGGCCAGGAAUUUGAAAAACUCAUCAAGAACUUGUCGUCUGAAAAUGGGUUGCAGAACCUGAUUUUGUCCGCACGUGUCGACCUAAAUCUCUACCGUUACCAUGAUUACAAAGACCUGUCUGAGGCUCUUCGUGGAUUACACAGUAACUAUCCCUCCAUUACCAAACUGAUCAGUCUGGGCCAGAGUGUAGAAGUGCGCCACAUUUGGGCCCUGGAAAUAUCAGAUCGACCUGGAAUAAAGGAAGUUGCAGAACCAAAAUUGAAGUUUAUUGCUGGAGUUCACGGCAAUGCACCAGUCGGCACUGAGCUGCUCCUGGCCUUUGCAGAGUUUCUUUGUAUUCUCUUUGGGAAAAACCAAGCUGUUACAAAGUUGAUUGAGGAAACAAAGAUUAUGAUUGUGCCGUCAGUCAACCCUGAUGGUAGAGAAAUUGCACAAGAGGGGCAGUGUACCUCCAAAGUUGGACAAACUAACGUACAUGGCAAAGAUCUCGACACAGAUUUCACAGGGAACUCGUCUGAACAACUAGCAGAGAUGCAGCCUGAGACCAGAGACAUUGUCAAGAACCUGAUCCUCAACCAAGGAUUCACACUGUCUGUUGUUUUGGAUGGCGGCUCUCUUCUUACAACCUAUCCUUACGACAAGCCUGUCCAAACGGUGGAGAAUGAGGAAACCCUAAAAUAUCUGGCCAAUGUGUACUCUAACAACCAUCCUAAAAUGCAUCUGGGCCACCCAGGCUGUCCCAACAACACAGAUGAGAAUAUCCCUGGUGGCGUCGUACGUGGUGCCCAGUGGCAUGGUCACAUGCACAGCAUGAAGGACUUUAGUGUUACCUAUGGCCACUGUCCGGAGAUCACAGUUUACACCGGCUGCUGUAAGUUCCCACUGGCUAAAGAGCUGGGUGCAAUUUGGCACGAUAACCAGAAGUCUCUGCUGAGCAUGCUUGUUGAGGUCCAUAAAGGCUUGCGUGGAAAGGUUACGGAUCAUGACGGGAAUCCCAUCCCAAGAGCGAAUAUAAUUCUGAAUGAAGGCGUGAGGGUGCCCACGUCGAAGGCAGGUUACUUCCACAUCCUGCUGGCUCCGGGGCCGCACGACGUUGAUGCGCUUGCAGAAGGCUACCAGCAUCAGCGCAAACAGGUAUUUGUGUCGUCGUUUGAGGCAGCCACCACCUUGGUGAUAGUUGUUGAGCUGGACAAUAAGUUGUUUGGACUACCCCGAGAACUGGUGGUGACGGCAACAGGUGCAGCUUUGUCAGCGGUGAUUGUGACUGCCUGCAUUGUCUGGUGUGUUUGCUCCUUCAAGUCCAGUCACCAGAAAGACGGCUUCCAUCGAUUGAGGCAGCAUCGGGACGACUACGAAGAUGAGAUCCGAAUGAUGUCGAUGGGUUCAAAGAAAUCACUUCUCAGCAACGAGUUUCAGGAUGAAACGGAAAGCGAUGAAGACACACUACAUCAAUGAACAUCAAUGUAUCACACCAGCCCCACUGGUCUGAUAUUAACAUUCAUCUUUAUUGCCAAGUCUCAUGACUGUAGGAGAGGAUAUGUCUGACCUACUACAGCACAUGGCAUUGGGUGGAAAUCUUGGAGUGAAUUCUGUCACGUUCUUGGUUGUCCGUUUGGGGAAAGUAGAUGCUGCAGGAAUGAAUAACAACUGAAGAUUUGCAUACACCUUGAUCUGACUGCUGACGCAUACAAUGUGGAAGGUCAGCCAUACAGAGCCUGUAGUUACACCAUCUAAGCUCUGCCCAUCACAACCUCUAGCAAUCUUUUUAUAUAACAACAAGUACAAAAGCAUUCAUGUGCAAUCUAUUUAAUAAUCCUCCAACUAUUCACACCACUGUAUUUUGUACAAAUAAAGGGCC